AUGGCCAGCAGCACGAUGGACGCGGUCGAGGCCAGCUUUGGCCAGCGGGACCUCUACGCGAUCCUGGGCGUCAAGGCGUCGGCGACGCCCGCGCAGCUCAAGACGGCGUACCGCAAGAAGGCGCUCAAAUACCACCCCGACAAGAACCCGGACGACGACGACGCGACGACCAAGUUCCAGCUCCUCUGCACGAUCCACGCGGCGCUUAGCAACCCAGAGCUGCGCGCCGUGUACGAAGAGACGGGCGAGCUCGAGACCGAGGCCACGGAAACCUCUUCCUUCCGCGACUGGGUGGACUACUGGCGCAACCUCUUCCCCAAGGUCACGACCAAGGACAUUCAGAGCUUUGAGAAAACGUACCGCGAGUCGGACGAAGAGGCGCAAGACGUCUUGCAAGCCUACGAAAAGUACAAGGGCAAAAUGCAGAGCAUUCUCGACGUCGUCAUGCUCUCGACGGACGACGACAUUGAUCGCUUCACCAAGAUCAUUCAAGAUGCGAUCGAUGCCAACGAGGUGCCUCUGUACCCAGCGUUCACCAAGAAGAUCAAAACCAAAGGUAAGAGCAAGAAGGCCGCGGCCGAAGCCAAGGCCGCCGAAGAGCUGUUGGCUCAAAUUCGCGGCAACCAAGCGGCCGCGCUCUCCAAGCGCCAGCAAGGGUUUGCGUCGCUCCUCGCCAAGUACGCCGACGAGAAGCCGCCAGCCAAGUCUGGUAAGAAGAAGAAGGGGCGCGACGACGACGACGAGCCGUCGGAAGAGGCUUUCCAAGCAGCCCAACAACGUCUUUUGCACAAGAAGAAGAAGAAGACAACGUAA